AGUCUCCUCCUCUCAACCCUCUAAAUUUCCUUCUCUCUUCCUUCUCCUUGAGUUGCAUUUGGAAGUGAAUGAUGGGUUCCCAUUAUUUUGCACAAGCCCUAGCAAUGGUGCUAAUUGCUUCAAUGCUGGCAGUCGGCUCAGCCAACAAGGAUUGGAAAUAUGGCAACUACACUGGUUGGGGUUUCAACCACCUCAACGAGACCAAAGGACCCAACAAAAUCACAGUUGGUGGGUCAGAAAACUGGCAUUACGGAUUUAACUACAAACAGUGGGCUUUGCAGAAUGGCCCAUUUUACAUCAAGGAUACUCUAGUUUUCAAGUAUGAUCCCCCAAAUGACACCACACGUCCUCACAGCGUAUACUUGUUCCAAAACCCUUGGAGCUUCAUGAACUGUGACUUAAGCCAAGCUAGGAUGGUUGGAAAUCAGACACAAGGAGGAGGAGAAGGCUUUGAGUUUGUGCUCAAGAAGUGGAAGCCUUACUACUUCGCUUGCGGCGAGCACGACGGCCAUCAUUGUAAUGAAGGACUGAUGAGGUUCAUCGUCUUCCCAAUGUAUCGCGGCUGUCUUGAUAACCCAAGACUACUUUUCUGUCAUCUUCACAACAAGCAAGGAAUUGCAACAAGCUGCUGCAAAGCUAGCAUAUUUCUUCUUGUGUUGCUAUUGGAGGUGGAUGGCAAGGACUGGUGGGUUAGAUCAACUUGGGUUGUUGGUUAUUACAUAUUUGGCCUCCCACUUGGGUUCCUUCUUGGUUAUAAAGCAAACUUGGUAGUGAAGGGAAUUUGGGGAGGCAUGAUAUGUGGAACUGCUCUUCAAACGUUGCUUCUUUUGAUAGUGCUUUAUAGAACCAACUGGAACAAGGAGGGUUCUCUUUCAUCAUCAAUGUAG